UUAAUUCAGACCAUAAUGAGCGCUGCCUGCCUCUGCGGUGCAGCCUGUGAGCAGCUGUCAGUGACGCGGUGUGACUUCACACCGAGGCUGGAGGAGGACGCCGCCGCUGCGCGCAGCUCUCGGACCGUCUCGUCUCGUUCUCUCAGCGGGCGUCAGGCAGCAGAAACGCCGGAGGGAUGGAGCCAGCGGGCGCGUACGGCGCCGCGAAGGCCGGGAGCGUCACCUUCGAUCCGGUCGCCUUCUUCACGUAUCCCCGCACCCUCCUCAGGCUGCUUUCGUGGGUUUUCUCCAUGGUGGUUUUCAGCUGCAUCGUGAAUGAGGGCUACAUCAACAUCGGCAGUGAGCGUCUGCUCUGCGUCUUCAACAACAACGCCGAUGCCUGUAACUAUGGUGUCACUGUGGGCGUGACCUGUUUCCUUGGUAGCAUCUUUUUCCUGAUCCUGGACAUUUAUUUUCCCUCCAUCAGCAAUGUCAAGGACAGAAGACGCGCCGUCCUGCUGGACCUCGUUUUCUCUGGCCUCGCCAGCUUCCUGUGGUUCGUUGGCUUCUGUUUUCUGGCCAAUCAGUGGCAGGCUACCUCUCCAGAUGAGCUGCCAUUGGCCCAGGGCUCCGACGCUGCCAGAGCCACCAUCGCUUUCUGCUUCUUCUCCAUCCUCACCUGGGCUGUCCUGACGCUGAGUGCACUGCGGCGCUUCUUGUCCGGCUCCAACACGAACUUGUUCACAUGGCAACACCUGGAGCCCGUCCCCAGCAACGCUCGAGCUACACCGUACCCCAUUGCUAAUGGCGCUACCAUAGUAACCACCAACCCCUAUCAAGCCCCGCCCUUCACUGAAACCCUGGACCCCCAGAAACUCACACAGCAGAGACCCAUGGCUCCGGCCUUCUAGAGACAGACAGAAAGGAGAGAUAAGGAGGAGUGAGUUGAACGACACUGCGUACGACGCGGGCAUGGACAACUUCCUGCCUCGCUGUUUUAGUGGCUUUCCAUCCUCUCCUGGGAUUGGCAGGGAUUUGGGUCAUGUGAUGUAUGGUCUGUUAUCACCAUGGCAACUGCUGGCUCAGCUUAGUUAGUUGUAAUCCUCUGUGUCAAGAAUACUGUCUUCUGUUCAUGCACACACACACAGCACGCAAACACAGCUGUACUCACACCUCACAUCUGGAAACAGAUAAACAUGUACACCUGGAGACACGUGUAUAUACACCUGGAAGUAUUCACACACACACACACACACACACACACACACACACACACACACACAAACACACACCCCUUGACUGCAUGUUCAUAUGGUGCAGAUUAACAUAGAUGUAGAUCAGUGAUGAUGCUCCAUCUGCCUUAUAAAGGGAUACAAGGUCUUUAGUGAAGGAAAUAUGGAGGACAGUGACGCUGCGUAGCUGUUUAUCUGCUUCUGUUUGCCCUCAGUUAGGCUGACCAAUCACAAGCUGCCCUGCCGACCUCUGUGGCUUACCAUUGGCUGAAAUUGAGACAGACAGUCAGCUUGACCAAUAGGUUGCGAGGAGACGAGUGAGAGGGGCAGGGUUUUUGCAGAAAUUGGUACAUUUUCUGGGCAGGGAAAUAAAGGCAGGACAGCUUAAUGCAUUCUGAAUGCUAUAGUGUUUCAGUGUGAAAUAUUCAUGUGAUUAAAUAUUUUAUUGUGAUAUGCUGAAGUGGUAUAAUGAAAAAUAAACUC